AUGCCGAUACGCAUUGGGACCACGGGAUCCGUGACCACUGCAAUCGCAAACAAAGAUGGAAUGAAUGGUUUGGCCUUGUCCUUUCCCUUUUUAUCCUUUGCUCGUUUCAAUUGUGCUAGGAUCAUGAGUUGAGAGUUUCAGGAAUAACAAACAAAUUGUGUGUCAAGGGAACAAUGGAAAGCUUUUCUUUUUCUCCAUCAUCCCGUGGCCGCCCUCUCACGAUGGAUGUGUCCAUCCGAUCCGCAAGAUCGUCGUCGUCUCCCACAGUGACUUCCAAGACCCUGGAGGUCCAGGUCUACGAAGAAGAAGUUGAAGCCGACGAAGCCGACGAUCAAGAACGGCUGGAUGAUCCCCUUAUAUCUCGACGAUCACGAUCACCUCCCGUUCCUCCCCCAGUCAGCUGUGAUGUGGAUCGUGACCCACCAUACGACGACAGUGCCAGCGACAGCAACAGCGACUACGGCUUCCUUGGAAGUCCCACCCCCCUUCGAUCCCGUCCUCACGGUUCCCGAUACCGUUAUUGUCACCGUACCACCACGGCCGGCAGUGACGGUCUUUUCCCAGCGUACCCGUACCAUCUGUACGACCUUUCGUCGAGAUCCAGUCCCUCCCAGUAUCAUUACCCCGAUCCCGACGCCCAACACAAAGAAAUGUUUUCUCUCAUCCACAACCCACGCACCUUCCUCCGCUUCAUCUUCGGCAUCGUCUUCCUCAUGUGCUUCCUCACCAACAUGGUCUCCGGCGGUCCACUAGCCCAACACCUCCGCGACGCCUUUCACCACCGGCCAUGGGCACACGAAGACCUUCGACGAGAUGCUGCACAGUCGCAGUCGCAAUCCCCACCACCACAGGGUGGUGGUGUAAUCCGCGUCGCGGCCGCGCCCAUCCAAAUCGAUCCCGCCGGCGUCUACAUCCGCGCUUCUCCCCUUUACGACUCCAACGGCCACCCCGACACCUCGCGCAUCAUAGCCGGCUACGCCGCCACCUCCGGCCCCGACCGCGUCCUGCGCGUUUCCUUGUCAACCGACUCCGGCGCCUCCUGGUCUCGGCUAGGGGAAGUAACCCGUCGCCCCUCCGACGGGACCUCAGACCUCGACAACGCGAUGCCCCUCGCUUUGCCGUCAGGUCGCAUCCUCUUUGCCUUCCGGAACCACUCUUUGGCCCCCUCCCCCACGGGUUUCAGCUACACACACUACCGCCUCACCGUCUGCUCCUCCUCCGACGGCGGGCUUACCUGGUCCUUCCUCUCGCACAUCGACGAACGGCCCGCCUCUGCCUCUGCCUCUCCCUCAGACAAAAACGGCCUCUGGGAACCCUUUCUGCGCCUAGCCGCAGACGGCCGCACAAUCCAAGCUUACUACUCGUCCGAAAACUCCGCCAGUUCCCAAGACAACCUGAUGCGCUUUUCCACCGACCAGGGAAAAACCUGGUCGGACCCGCCCAUUUUAGUCUCCAACAACAAAAACUCGAGAGACGGAAUGACGGGCGUUUCUCCCUUUUUUUCUUCCUCCUCCUCCCCUUGCAAGCAAAACGAAUUAAUCUGCGUUUUCGAAACAACCUCCCCCCACGACGGAACCUUUAGCAUCGCUCGCGUCUUGUCUCAUGACGACGGACUUACCUGGUCCGACCGGCAAACGGUGUACGUCGCAAAGGACAAAAAAUGGGCCGGCGCGCCGCAGGUUUAUUUGGUGGGGGACACGCUCGUAACAAGUUUCCUGACGAACGAGGGAACGGAUUUACGGAAAAUUGAUGGGGCGUAUACCAAGCUUGUCACUAGCAGAGAUCAAGGCAAAACGUGGACGGAGACGGGGCAGGCGGAGACGGUGGCGGGGGUGGGGAGUCAUUGGCCUGGUUUGUUUUCAUUGAAUGAGACGCACUUUUUGGCGCUGUAUUCGACUGAUGAGAUGGGUGCUGUGGGGCAUUUGCUGAGUGUUUCUUCUUCUUCUUCGUAA